AUGUCUUGGCUGGUCCGAUCCCGCCGCCUCCUACCCCACAUGUACAGGCGCGGGGCUGGUGGGCGGCCAUUCUGCUCUCCGACCGUCUCUGCGAAUCCCUCGAAGGAGCAGAUCGUCGCCUCCGGCGCCGCUGCCCUCGGGGAUCAGACCGCCGCUUCUUCCGCCGAAUCAGCUGCUGCCACUUCUGGGAGUGCGGAUGCCGCGAAGGGGUCGCGAGCUUGGGGUUUUCUGAAGUUCGGAGUUGCAGCAACACUCACCGGCGCCGUUGGGGCCACUUCCUAUGCUACCUAUGGUCUGCUCUUCGUUUGUCUUAUUUUCCAUCCGUCGCAUGUCUUCUAACAGUGGUUACUUUUACUUCCAAUUUUUUGUCUUUGUUUUCUUGAAAAAACACGGGAGAGUAGAAAUCGUAUAAUGCCUUAGUCCCCCCUCCGUGGAAGUGGAAAAAUUGUUGUGCUCCUUUCGUCAUCACUCAAUUGUUGUGUUUGCAUUCGCCCCUCGAUUAUCUCAAGUAUUAUUAAGACUUUCUAGGAGCACAUCGUUUGAAUCAUAUAGACGGACGUCUUGAGGAAUCUUUUCUUGUUUUGAAAUAAAUUAUAAUGUGGAGAAUGAGAUAUUGGAAAUGGUACCGUAAAAAAAAAAAAAAACACUCUCUUUGGUAGAAGAGGUAUCAUAUCUAACUUUUAAUCAUAUGAAGAUAUAUUUUGCCUAAAGAGAAAUGUUUUUUAUUUGCCUUCAUGAAGGUGUGGUACUUAUCAGUUUGAGCCUCGUAAUCUUGUUUCGUAUUUGCUGGUUGAGAAGCUUUUUGAUACCUGUGGAGCGUCAUUAUUUUCAAUUUUAUAGAAUAGUUCAAGAUGACGACAAUAAAACUAUGCUGCCUUGGUGACCUAGAAAAGCAUCUUUUAGGGCUUUUCCCCUGCACCGAAAUGUUUCCCUUUUAUUGUGAGAACUUCGGAAUUACGGUCUGACGGUACAUUCUCAUUUGGUAUCAUUGAAAUUCUCUCUCCCCGUAAUUUGAUUAAAUAUUUUAAUAAGAAACAAAUCUUCCGUUUGCAUUUGGAUCCAAUUUUCCCGUAAUUGAUUGGAUGCCUGGUUAAUAUAAGUAGUUUAUGUAUUUUUAUUGGCCGAUUUUUCUUUUCUUUAGAUUGAUCUUGGGGGUUUUCCAUGAAAAUAAUGGAGAGAUGAGUGGGAAAUUAUUGUGGACCAGAUACGAAUCAAGGUUGAAAGGGGAGCAUGCUUUUGGAGCCUAACUUGCCUACUGAUUCAAAUAUUAUUUGUAUGAGGGGAGCUAAAUACCAGUCAAAUAAUAUGACUUAUGGAAAUACACAAAUGUAUUUUGUUUCUGUAGUUUUUUAUUUAUUUACGGUAGCAUUAAGGUUUGACUCACGACUUCAUAAUGUUUUCUAGGGUAAGAAUUUAGUUCGCAAAUUCAUUUUCGAGAUUUGCAUUGUCUCUUUUGCUUUUUUUCCCCCCCAGCAAUUUGAAUCAUAUUUGAACCGUUUUCUGUUUAUAUUUCACUUUUCUUAAUUUUUAGCUCGAUUUUCUCUGUUAGUUUCUCCAGGAGAAUUCACACAUCUUCCUAAAUUUAAAAUCUUAAGUAAACUGCAGGAAAAUUCCACUCUCAUUCUCAAAUAGUGGAAGCACAUUGGGAUGAUAUUAUGAGUUGGUCUCUCUGGGUGGCUUCUUGUUGAAGCUUCCUUAUUUGCAUGAUACUCUGAUUUUGGCAUCACCUAUUUUUGUAAACCUGUCUGUACUCUCCUGGGCCUAUUUCAGUUGAUUAAACAGUAUCGAGUUCUCUCUUUGUUUCUGGUUAUGUAUUCGGUUGGGUAUCAUUUCUAAUAGGUGGUUUAUGGUUAUGUUACAGCAUAUACUUUGGAUGAAGUGAAUGAAAAGACUAGUGGUUUUCGGUCAUCUGCGAAUUGGACAGUUGGAGAUGAUGCGUCCUCAGUUGAUGUAAGUAGUUUUUUGUGCUUAUGGUCGACUGUCUUUUGCAGACUUUCUGAAUUCGUGAGUACAUCUUAAGGAAGAAAGCAUCCUGCUUUUUCCCAUGGAAAUAUUCUAUUUUAUCCUUCAUACUUCAAUCAAAUAGAUAUCCCCCUCGAGCUUAUUACAAUGAAAUCCAAUUUUUUUGGUUCUUGUUUGAAAAGAAUGGUGAUAUUAAAAGGUUGAAAGAAGACAAUUUCCUAUGUUGAAGAUACAGUAAAAAUACAAGUCGAGAUGAUCAAAAUUGUAGCAAUGAGAAAAAUGUUACUGGUACUUAUGACUAUAUCCGUGUCAUAAAUGAAUUGUGUUCAUUUCCUUUUUUUCUGCUCAUGUGAUCUAAUGAUGGGAAAUCCGUGCGAUUGCCCAUAAAACAUUAGACACAUUCACUGCUGCCCGCAGACCUGCCUCCAUUUAUUUUGGGACCUCUACUGUUGAAUGGCUGAUGGGCUUUGACAUGUUCGCCCACUGCAACUGAGUUGCGAAUCUCCAGAUGAAAUUUUCAGCUGUUCAUGGAUAUUUGUGUUUGGUCGUGUAACACUAAUUUCAGCACACGCUCUCACUUUAUAAUAGAAAAGUUAAACGCUUGCUUUUUGUUGUGAAGCUCAUUGGUGCAUGCGUUAAUUUCUUCCUUAUUAUUUAAUAGAUAAACUUUCGACUUUGAAAUGUUAGUUCUGAGUUUCUGAUUUAGAAGGGAAAUUAUCUUUUGCAUUCCCAUCACUACUCCCUUAUUAUUUAUUGCUCGUGUUAUUUGGUUUCAUGACAUAAUAUUCUUGAAAUGUUGAGUUCACUUCCUCUGUGACCCAGACUUGUUAAGUGGAUCAUUUAUUUCUAUAGGGUAACCUUAUGGGUCUGUUGGAUGAUAAGAUCAUCUCUUCUGACCCUUUUGGUCAAUUUCCUGAAGUUUGAUUGAUCCUCUCUGUCCAAACUAGAUUAGAAUCCGUGCUUGCCUGAUGAAAGUGCAAAGGAUAAUUGCUGUUAUGUGCAAGGGGAUAUGGAAAGAAAGUAAUUUUCAUAUUGCUGUGGUGGUCAUGGGCAAAAGUGUUCUUUUAGCUCUUUGUUGACGUUUUUGUAAGCUUCACACUAAAAUUUCAAGGUCAGUGGCUAUAACUUUUCCUAAUUCUCUAAUUUUGAAGAGGCGGCUAUCUUAUCUCAUUUCGCUCCAUACCUGGCUGUGAUGGGCAGGGAUUGGCAAUCCUUGCCUAGCUUGUUUGUCUCCAAAUUUUCUCAAUUGAAAUGAGUCUAUUUCUGGCAAUCUUGAUCUAUACUGAUUCAUAACUCAAUUCUGAUUUUUUCUCCUCUCAUCUCACAUUGUUGAAUGCAUCUUAUUUAGUGGCAAUAUGGCCUUUUGUAACCUUUGAAAAAAUAAAUUUGUAUUAAAAAUGGGCAAUAAAGUGGAUUGAAAAUAGAGUGACUGCAUGUCAGGCACAUACUCGCAUAUGAAAGCAUAUUUCUUGUUUAGUCAUGUUAAGUUUUUGUAUUGGAAUUAUUAGUUGUUAGCUUGAUGUACUUGAGACCAAGAAUAAGACUCAUUCCGUAUCCUGCCCAAUGAUUGGAGGUUCAACCUUUGAAAGCAUGCCCAUCUUUUGUGUGUCAUUCAAAGAAGCUGAUGGGGACAUAUUUGUCAUAUAUGCCACUUUUGUCUGUUUCGAUACUACUUAGGAGGAAAUUCUCAACAUUUAAAGGUAAAUAGUAUUUUUUUCGAAUCACUAUAAUGGCGUUAUGUUUUGCCAUUUCUAGACUGAGCAGGUGUUGGGGACUAUUCCUCUGCAAUAUGGUGGGCUAUCUGUUAGGAUAGAAAGAUGUUAUAGUUUAGAAAGACACUCGAAAUCAUACUUAUCAUCUCUGUAAGUUUCUCCCUAAAAGCAUCGCUGGUAACAUUUUGGGAAAAUUACUAAAACAGAGAUCUGUGUAUAAUACACAUUAAUGUUUGGGAUUUUUGUGCUUAGAGGGUGCCACUCCUAUGACACCAACCUACCAGCUUCAAAAGUUAGAUAUUUUGGCCUUCCUUUUGGCUUAAGGUUGUGAGUAUCAUUGAUAUUUGAUUACAAGUGACCUCUCCUCUAUAAUUGUUUUUUACGCUUGAUCAUUUAGUUUAUUGAAUUUCUGGGAUUUCUCAUCAGCUUGUGAAAAAAAAAGAGAGGUCCUCCUUAAAUUACACUUAUGAGUUAUAAUGCAUCUAUUCCUUCUGAUUCGGCUGUUUUUUGGUCAAUUCUUCUUUAGUAAAAAUUGUAAGCAUACCUUUCAUGUGUGAAUGCACAAAUACAUUUUUUUAUACAUCAUUGACUUUUUACAAUAAAAGUAUGAUUUCUUGUUUAUUUAUCUUUUAAUUUAAAAUUCCCUCAACAUUGGAUUUGACCAUUUGGCCUGAUGUUGUUGUUUAUCCUUUUUCUUAUGCGUUGAUUCCUCUUUGGGUGGGAAAAUUGUGCCAAUGGUGAGAAGUAUGGCUAGGAGACGCCUUUGGCUGCAAUUUUUUGGUUGACUGUUCUUCUGAGGAAUUUAAAAACAAUAUGCUUGGAGUGCUAGAAUUUGGAAGAAAGACCUGUUUUCCUGUUCAAUAGUCCUUCUUGAUUGUGAAACAGGGAUUUGGCUGUCCAAACAAAGAAUUUGAUUAACCUGAUAAAUGUGGACCAAGGAUUCUUACGCAUAGUUCUCUUUUAAAAUUAAAUACAGCAGCUACCAUAUUCAGAAUGAUCACAAUCCGGUAUCCCCGUCCCUUGAUCUGAAUGACCAUUCAAAGGUGGACUUAGAUGGAAUUUCUUAUGGUUGAAAAGCUAAUCAUUGAGGCCGAAUUUGUUGAAAUACUGAAAUGAUUCCCAAGCUUGGUUUUCUUCCAAGAUACUCCACGUUUCAUGACAAAUAUUCUUAGUUUCAAUAUUAUGCAAGGGUUUUUUCAUUAAUGCAUUGUUUUUCAAUAAUUUUAAUUACCAUGCCCUUGUUGUUUUGUCUGUUGCCUAUCGGUAACUUUUUAUUUCUGUCAUCAAUUUUCUAACUCAAAGUCACAACUGUGUCGUCUUUAUGAUAUCCGGCAGAAAUUCCAGGCGUUGGUCUAUUCGACAGUGAUGAAGGGUAAGAGUUUCUAGAUCCCCUGUGACUUAUUUUUUGGUAGAUGUGAUUGUUUUAAGUCCAAGGACCACCAGAUUUGCAUGUGUUGUACAUAUUUAUAUUUUGGGAAAAGUUUCUCAUCAUCUUUUCUUGACUAACUUAUCUGCUUUUCUCAUGAACUUUGAAUGGUUGGAUUCAUCUCCUAUUUAAUGAUGUAAAAUAAGAAAGUGCUUCUGAUAUUAUUUGUUGCUGUAUGGUUGGAACUCAGUUGUCCUCUGUAACUGCAACCUCCCUUUAGAAUUUUAAAAAAUAUAUUUAUUUUGAUUAAGUUUUUAAACAGUCUUGGAGAAGGAUCAACCCUUUUGGUUUUAUCGUGUUGCUAUUUAUUCAAACAGAAAUGAAUGAUAAUGAGUUAUAGGACUGGAUUCAACACAUGAUGAGGUGAUCAUCAUUUGUGGAAAACUCUAAUCAUCUGUGUUCGUGUACCAUGAUGAGGUGAUCACGCAUUCAGAUGAAUCCUGUGAAUCAUCUUUAAUAGAUUUGGUGGCAUUACUUGGGGAAAGGUAAAUUCAAGAAUAGCUCUACUAUGUAUGCAAAUUCAAACAUUUAACUCUUUGGUUCAUCAGUUUUUCUCAUCAGGUAUGUACAAAAAACGACUUGAGGAUGUGUAGGUGUCAAUUAUUUCUGAUUGGAGGUUAGAUGAGGCUUGGUUUGUAUAAAUGUUUCCCUCUACCCCAUACUGACAAAGAUCUAACCCAGCCCAUUGCCACCACUUUUGAAUUUUUAAUCACAGAGACCUACCUCUGAACCUUUCUAGUUUUGUAGGUUUUUUUUUUUUGGUGAAUUCCCACGAUGCAAAUUACUUUUGAGAAAUAUCGUCCCAGAUGGGUACAUUUUCUUGUUCAUGUAAAGUGUAGCCAACAUCCUCUGAUUUACUCUCUGAGAUAUAUGACCUAAAAUCUAUAAGAAAAAUAACUAAAAUGAGUUGACAGAUGAAUAAUCUCCAUAUUCGAUUACUGAGUUCUUACACGAGCAAUGAUUUGUCUAUUCCUGUUUGCUUUGAUGCAAUAUAUAUGUAGAUAUUGUGAGACAAUUUUAUGAAUUUUAUAUGCCACACAUCUCUAUCGAUGUAGCUUUUUGUAUUUUCUCUUCUUCUCCUUAUGUUCGAUUCCAACUUUGCAGUGCCUGUCAAGAUCAUUGAGUUGUACUUGGAUGUCAGGAAAUCCACUGAAGAACAUAUUCAGGUGGUGCCUCUUUUGUAGUUGAGUGUUGUCUUUUUAUGCUGAAAGUUUUUUAAUCUCUUAAUGCUGAAAUUAUUUUUCCUUCUUUUGCUCUGAGGAAAUGGAUUCCGCUUUCUUGUAGGGUUUUAUAGAACCAUCGUCAGAGAAGCUUCUUCCAGAUUUGCAUCCUCAAGAACAACAUGUCUUCACUCUUGUUCUGGACUUGAAUGAGACCCUUGUGUACUCUGAUUGGACGGUAAUCCUCUAUCUAUUCUAGAAAAAUUAUCCUGCUGUUGGUACACAGUCCUGCCAUUAUUUCCUUCUUGGCUUUCCUUGACAGAUGUUGAUAAGAUGUUAAUCAGACUAAUAUUUGAUAAUAUUCUUUUGGGAGCACGCCAUUAUUUACCAUCACCCAUCAUCACAAUCAUUGCUCUCACCAUCACCCUCAGACACAAUUGCCUCCCCCCUGCUAGCCACCAGUCAACUGCCACCAUCAUCAUCAUCCAUCACUGUGGUUGCCCUUCAUCCUCUGCCAUCUCCCCGCAUCACCACCAGCACACGCUGCCAAAGGCGUGCCCACUAUCAAAGCCACUGAAUGCCAUGUAUGCUAAAUAGAAUCAUGAUUUAAUCUCUGAUUGGUUUGGUUUGAACAUGCUUUGGAUUGAGGUCCUUUUUCCCUUUUUUCCAUUACUCAGAAGCAUAUCGACUUACAUUUGAAGCUACAAAGUCAGCAUCCAAAAAUGGGAAAAGGUGAAUAGCGACCAAUUCAGAUUUACACUUUACCAGUUCGUACCAAACAAAACUAUCUGCUCGCUUUGACGAUGUUGAUUAUUUCCAUCCCUGCACCUCUCACAUCUCGGCCCUUCUGGUCUUUUCUUCAUCUGCUGGUUGCGACCUUCCCUUUUUCUUUCCUUUUUUUAGCUUUUCCUUUGUUUGCAGCUGUAAAGGCCUAGGUCCUUAAUAGCCCAGCCCAAAAUCUGCCAAUCUCGGCAUCGUCACUGGUUGACUCUAAAUUUGUUGAAUUUCAAAGGGGCGCCACGAUUCCACGGUGAAAUGAGGCCUUGCCAUCCUAUUGUCACUGUCACACUGCCUUCUAUGUUCUCCAUGUGCUGGCACUGCUGAUGGUGAUCUACCUUGAGCUUCUGUGACUAUUGUUAUUUGUAAAAAGUUGUUACAAAGUAUUUUGGGAGAUGAAUUUGUGGAACCGUUAUGUUGAGGUUGUUAUUCGCAAGCUUUUUACGUGCAAAAUUCUCUCUUGUUUGCGUUUUUCAUACAUAGCGUGAAAGAGGUUGGAGAACUUUUAAGAGGCCUGGUGUGGAUGAUUUCCUUGAACAUAUGGCCAAGUUCUAUGAGGUCGUUGUGUAUUCUGAUCAGAUGGGCAUGGUAAAGCUUUGUUCCUUCUGCGUUUUUCUUAUAUGAUUUAUUGACAUGCAUUAUGACCUACCUAUCGUUUGUUGGUUAGUAUGUUGAUCCAAUUGUUGAAAGGCUGGAUCAGAAGGGUUACAUUCGGUACAGACUUUCUAGAAAUGCAACAAAAUAUAAAGAUGGGAAGCAUUAUCGGGUAUGUCAACGUUUCUCCCGUCUUAUUUUUUGUAAACAUUUUAUGCUCGGAUAUAACUUCCCAAAAGAGUAGAUUUAUGUCUACAAUGAGUAAUUUUCCUCCUUCUCAUUUUCUUUCUCUGAGUGGUAAAACUGUUGGUUCUUUUCCACGUCUCGGUUGUUUAUGUGUGUUCCUGGAGUUUUUUUGAAUUUGGUUCGUGCUUACUUUUCUUCUUCUCAAUUUUAAUGUAGGAAUUGAUGUAUUUGAGUAAAAUUAGCAUCUCCAAGUGCUGCAAUAUAAGAUCAGUAAUAUAAUCAACAGUUUUCGCCCCAUCUUAAUCCUGGGUACAUAAAAUCUUGAAGGUCUUUAUGUGUUCGCUUGCCAAUGUCUGAUGGCGAGAGAAAAGUGGAAGAUUAGAACAAAAAAGUUUCACCCUUGGUUAUAAUGUCAGGAAGGCAGGAUUUCAAUUUAGCUUCUUAUACUACUUUUAAUUACUUUAUUAUUAUGAAAUUGAUUCGAGCAAUAGGAUGUUUGCUUAUUUGGAAGGCAGACGGGUAAAAGGAAAGAAAAUGCUGUGUCAGGGUGGAAUUAGUUUAUGUAGAAGUAAAAUGGGACGAGAAGGUUUGGCCAAAUGAAAUGCAUCCAGCGAAGCCCAGCCGAUCAAGUGGCUGUGGAGAUUUGGUGCAGCCAACUCACUGUGGAUGACAUUCAACAUCGAAGGUGACAAGAACGACAGAAAAAUGUGGAGAUGGCAUGUAGUGUGCUUGAAACAUAGAUAGGAAGAAUAUCUUUUUCUAAAGGGAAAUUUUCUUAUACAAUGUAGCUCGCAAGAGGAUACCUGCGUGUAAUUUUAUUGGUAAAUUUACGGAUGGUAUCAGCAUCAACUGCAUAUUUUGUAGAAUUCAGAAGGAACGUUAUUGUCUCUUUUAAAAUGUUUGGUCGGGUCAAUAGGUUUGAUCUAAUUAUAUUAUGGACUUUUAUAUGCUAUAUAAAAGAUUGAAUGCUCCUACAGAACGGUGGGGAGUUUUUGGACCUCACAAUUCUGAAAAAUAUUGGUGGCAACUGAACAGCGCUCUAAUUGACAGAAGAUUGUGACAUUUUUAGCUGACAAUGCAGAGCACUGAUAAUUCAUAAAUUCUCUGGAUGACCUUUUUUAUAUUGUAAUAUUGUCUCUAUUAAAGGUUCUCAUCUGCUGUGAUGAAGUGACUGUAGGAAUAGGAUAAGCUACAGAUAACGUGGGAUGGGUAAAAUGAAUGUAAAUGAAGAAAUUAAGGACAGGAGCAAAUUGAUCGGAACAGUUGUCAAAGAUAAAAUAAUACAGUAAGAGAGAUUUAAAAGUCAAAGUAUUUCAGUUCCAAACAAUCAGAGAUACUCUCCUAGACUUAUCAAAUAUCUGAGGCAACCCUGUGAAGAUAACGAGAGCUUAUCCAGGUCUUAUGUAGAGCAGUUUAAAGCACGCGUUAUGAUUCGUGGGGUUUGAAAUUUCCAUUUAUGGUUUAUAAUAUCAAUUAUGUUCACUUCUCUAAACUUUUGUGUACUAUAGUUGACGUCAGUGAGGACCCAACAGCCAAAUUAUUGGAACCAUGUAAUAAGCUUAGCAUUACUAAUCUCUGACGUAGAUUUAGUCUCAUGCUAUAUGUUAGGUAAGACAAUGGCUCACCAUAUUGGAUUUUCUGAUCGACAUCGUUCUGCUGAAGUAAAGACGCACCAAGAAGUUGGUAUAAGAAUCAUUGCUCUUAAAUGGGUAGCAAACUCAAUGGAUCUGAAGGUUUUGUUUAUUUCCUGAUUUCUUGUGCACCAAUUCAGCUAUCUAUGUCGAUAGUUUGCUGCGUGAAUGUUUAGACUGGAUGAAGAUUCCCUUCCCUAGUUUGUUAGUUGAGAAAACCAGAUACCCUCCUAGUUUUUUGUUGGAGGUACAUUUCUUCACUCGUUCACAAAUUGUCCAAUAUUUUUGGGGUCUAAUUUAAUCUCCCUCGUUUCUCUAUGUUUACAUUUGUGGCAGAUUUCUAUAUGCUAGCAUGUUCUUUCUUUCUUUUAACAAAUGCACCCAAUUAUAUGUUCCAAUGGAUCUUAACAGGACCUGUCAAAGCUGAACAGAGAUCCGUCGCAUAUUCUUUACCUGAGUGCCCAUGCCGUUGAAAAUAGUCUUCAGCGUGAAAACUGCUUGCCCAUCAAGCCAUUCAAGUGCGAAAAUGAUGACACUGCGCUUGUGGACCUCAUUCCAUUUCUCGAAUGUAACACUCUCUUCAGAGCUUUGUCUACUAUCUCUUUCCUUAUCUUCUGAAAGUUUCAUUGAAAUAUUAAUUUUUCAAUGGUGGUUUUUGAAUAUCAUAGAUGUGGCUCGUCACAGACCUGCUGAUAUAAGGCCUGUUCUGACAUCUUAUGAAGGCCAUGACAUACCCACUGAGUUUAUCAAGCGAUCAAAGGAGUACCAGAAGUGAGUGACCUCACCCCCACUUCCUGACGCUGUUUCUGACCGCAGCAAUUCCCUAUACGGCUUGUGUUAGCUUUGUUUUCUCGUGAGCAUCACUGUGAAGUAGGCAACCAUGCUGCAUUACUGUCAUUUCUAACGGCUAUCGCGUCCGACGUGAGGAAACAAAACAAUAAUCAUCAAGUCUUCGGCCCUGACGUCGACACCCAGAUGACCGGUUUCGUUAUUUUGUCAGGCGGAUGCAAGAGCAGAAGCAGCAGGGCCUUUUCUGGCGGCGAUAA